GUCACCAGUGCAUUUUGCAGCUUCAUCGUAAAAAAGUACUUAGGAUGCAACGUCUCCCAUCAUGCGACACAAUCCUUUGCUUUCAAUGCUCGCCGAUUUCUGAUGGUCUCCAGAGUCCUGAAAAUGGCACUCCUGGCUGAGAUCGUGCAGUUUAUUCCACAGCAUCCUUUCGCGGUGCUGUGUCUACUUGUGGUUUUUGCGCUGUCUGGCCUCUCUGUCUACAGGCUGUUUCUCCAUCCUCUUGCUAAAUUCCCCGGACCGAAACUGGCGGCCUUGACGCUCUGGUACGAGUAUUAUCAUGAUGGAAUCAGGGGCGGCCAGUAUACAUUCGAGAUCCAGCGCAUGCACGAGAGAUACGGCCCCAUCGUUCGUAUUAGCCCACAUGAGCUUCAUAUCAAUGAUCCUGCUUUCAUCGACACCCUUUACGCUGGCGGCGGGAAAAGGAGAGACAAAUAUGUGUUUUAUGCAUCACAAUUUGGGCUUCCGAAGAGUCUUUUCGGAACUGCGGAUCACUACCACCACCGCCUCCGACGUUCUGCCUUAAGACGAUUCUUCUCAAAGGCUUCUGUCACGCAGCUUGAGCCUCUAAUCACCAAAAAAAUCGACACCCUAUGUUCCCUAAUCCAGGCAACUGCAGGCUCUGGCAGGCCUGUCUCCUUGUCCGAUGCGUAUAGUGCAAUUACUAGCGACGUUGCGACGGAAUAUGCGUUUGGAACAUGCACGAAUUUCGUGUGUCCCUCCAACCCGUACUUCGAAAGGAAUUUCCGCGUGACCCUAGUUAAAGGCUUGAUGGUGGCAACGCAUUCAAAGCAAUUCCCAUGGAUUCGCACUAUUUCUAAGAUGAUACCUAUAUCUGUCCUUAGGGUAUUAGAUGCGAACCUUGCUGCAGCUAUGGAGUUUCAAAUGGAAAUAUCAAAGCAGGUGAAGGAUGUCAUGGAUGGUGUUAGCAACGGGAACGAGAAAGGCCAUAAUACGAUUUUUCAUGAACUUCUCACGGGAAGUCUUCCACCACAGGAAAAGACCUUUACACGUCUCAAACAGGAAGGGCAGCUUAUCGUCGGUGCUGGCACCGAGACAGUUGGAUGGUCGCUCUCCGUGAUAACCUUCUAUAUCCUGGCCCAUCCGGCGGUUCUAGAGAAGUUGCGCAAAGAGCUUGAAGAGGCUAUUCCUGACCCAUCUAUCCUCCCAUCGGUAACAACUUUGGAGAAUCUUCCAUAUUUGAGCGCGGUCGUCGCAGAGGGUCUACGGCUGUCCUAUGGCGUGAUUUCCCGCUCCCAGCGCAUCUCACCCUAUGAACCACUGAUAUUUGAACCAGCAUCCGAUCAGGAAAAUCACAUCAAGCAUGUGAUUCCUGCCGGUACUCCCGUGGGGAUGACAUCGUACUUGAUCCAUCAUAAUCCCGAAAUCUUUCCUGAUUCAAGCAAAUUUAUUCCUGAGCGAUGGCUUGAUCAGGACGGGAAACGACAUAGACAUCUAGAUCCGUAUCUAAUGACUUUCUCUAAGGGCUCGCGGCAAUGUAUCGGUAUCAAGUACGCUCUCUUAUUCUCCCCCUUUCCCCCUUCACAACAGACAUAGCACAUUCGAAUCGGCUGAAAGUGAUAGCUGAUGUGGUAUUCGAAUACGUAUAGCCUCGCAUAUGCCGAAUUAUACCUCAUAAUCUCAAGUCUAAUCAGGAGAUUUGGGGGAAGGAUUGAACUCUUUGAGACAACGGUGAGGGAUGUGGUGCCCAAGAAGGAUUACUUCUUGCCUGUUCCCGAUGGUGACGCCGUUGUCCAGGUGUUGGUGCGAGAAGAUUAAAGCAGAAUUUCGAAGAUUUCCUGUGCGGUGCACCCUUUUUCUUUUCUUUUCCUUCCUUUUUUUUUCCCCCUCCUAACAUUGACCUUUGAUUUUUUUUGGUUCGGCUGGUCUCGAUUAUAGCGGUGAGGGCAGGCAAGCACUCCAUCUUCAUACCAAUAACGACUGAUGAUUUAUUUAUUGGCGUUGAUGGGAAUGUAGUUGAGAUACAGAUAAAAUGGAUUAAGUUGUGAUCAACAGAAUUGGAUUUAAGCUUUUCUGCUGCA